GAGGAAACGAAACUUAAUUCUGCUUUAGCAAGCUUUUGCUUUUCCUUCAGAAGGGCAUAGAAAGAGAAGGACCAGGUGCUGAGAUCCAGAAAGCUCCAAGAUGGCUUUGCAGCCUAUUUUAAACCCGAGCGUUCCCUUUACUGGCCCCAUUUUUGGGGGUCUGACUGAGGGGAAGAUGAUUGUAAUCCAAGGGCAAGUCCGGGUUUCUGUGAAAAGAUUCUCGGUCAAUCUAGUGUGCGGCAACGGCAACAUCGCCUUCCACUUCAACCCCCGUUUCGACGAAGGCAGAGUCGUCGUGUGCAACACUCAGCAACAUGGCCGCUGGGGAGCUGAGGAGCGGGCCUACAACAUGCCUUUCCAGCCAAAUAUUUAUUUUGAGAUGAUCAUCAAUGUCAAGAGCCACUGCUAUCAGGUAUCCGUCAAUGGCAACCACUUCUUGGAGUACAGACAUCGCCUUCCCUUCCACGAGGUCCAGACAUUGCAGAUCAGUGGAGAUGUCUCUUUGAACUGCAUCAGCUUUGCUGGCACUAAUCCUCCACCCCCAUACACCCCUCCUGCUUACAAUGUUGUGACAGCCACCACAGUUGGUGGUAUGUUUGCUCAGCCGAACUUUGUGCAGCCAUCUUUUUCUACAAGGAAGAAGAAGACUGCCCAGGGUAACAGUGGAAUAACUUUGUCCAAUCCUGCUGUCCCAUUCCACAUUGCCAUCCCAGGGAAUUUCACUCAGUUCCGCAAGAUUACAAUUGUGGGGAAUGUGCCUUUUCACUCAAACAGAUUCCAUGUGAACCUGAAAAACACAAUGAGCGGCAACAUCGCCCUGCACAUCAACCCCCGACUGAAGGAGGGAGCAGUAGUCCGGAACACCUUCAUCCACGGCAGUUGGGGCUCUGAGGAGAGGCACUUGCUUGCGAUGCCUUUCUCCCCUGGCCAGGCCUUCCAUAUGGAGAUCACCAACCUAAAGAAUAACUACCAGGUGACUGUGAAUGGAAUUGUGAUAUUCAAUUAUACCCAUCGAAUCCCUUCAGGACAGGUGGACCACCUGGAAAUAGCUGGGGAUGUGACCCUCUCCUGUGUGCAGUACUGACGAGUCUCUGUUCUUCUUACACAACAUGUUAAAUAAACUAUCUUGAAAGAGAAAAGCAAAUGCAUUUCUGUAGCGCCUUUUCCCUCCGUGGAUCAGUGCUGCUUAAAACCAUGUCAGGCAUACCUGACCUGCAAGGCUAAUGUUUACUAUUAUGGCUUCCCUACAAGGAACCCUGGGAAUUAUAGUCUGAAAGGAUCACUUGCAGAAAAAAAAUGUGGUAACCUUGUGGGAUACCUGUGGGUAGGGAAGCCAUGUUUGCGAAAUCUGUUAAACCUUUUUUUCUGGUACUGAUGCAAAUAUACAGGUGUUGAAUAAAGCUGUUGAAUGGAGAUUUUACUAACUGGA